CAUGAAUCCAUGGUCGUGGUUUGGUUGGACUGGAAUCAAUUCAACAUUCAUAAAUAUACGGGGCACGUAUACAUACAGUUAUAUAUUUAUCACUCUAAAAAUAGAUGAUCUUGUGAACUGACACACCAAUUUUUUAGUUAACCAACCAUGCAUCUUGGUGAAUCACUUAUUUUUAAGAAUUCAAGGAAACAGCAUUGUAAUCUGUUGAUUUUGCAGAUAUUAAGUAAUCAAUAUUGCACUUUUAACUGGAACGCUUCACGUCGUCAUUUUGCAAAAGAGCGUCAUUGAACAGAAAACAAAUUAAAUUAAAUUAACUUGUGCAUAAAAUAACUGUUCAAACUUGGAAAAUGAAUCUCAGACCUUCCACUAUAUUCAUCCCACUUCUAUGCAUUUUCACCUUCCUUGUGCUAAUUUCCGCUGGACGGAUAACCGCUAAUCCACCCACCGUAGCCGUAGGGGAUACCGGUUACUACUUAAAAGUGUAUAAUGUUAUUAACAAUUUUCGGUCGAAACAUGUCUCACCUUCGCUCAAGUGGAAUAGAACGUUGAACGACAUCGCGGAAACCUUGGCCCUUCAAAUGGCUCGUGACGUGAGUGAACCAGACCCUGAAGACAUGGAAGGUGUCAACUACUUCGGCAUCAAGGGGGGACGACCCUCCGCAAACUUGGUCGUUCAGCGGUGGUACAACGAAUCCGCUUCGUACGACUACACCCACCCCCACUAUGACACGAGCUGCUUGAAUUUCACCCAGCUCGUUUGGAAGUCGUCGACCGGGGUGGGAAUCGGUGCCGCCACGGUGGGGAAUUUCAGCGUCGUUAUUGCAAAAUUUGUCCCAUCUGGAAACCUGCAUGGAAAAUUUAGGCAGAAUGUGAUCCCUCCGAGAUUAAGCGUGCCUAUGAUGGCUUGAUUUAAAAAUUUUGAUUUUCUUUGUACCCCAUGUCAAUGCAGGUUCAUUGCAUACUAAUUUUAAUUUAAUAAAUUAUUUUGAGAGUGCUACAUAAGAA